CCAGCCCAGACAGCCGGCGGCCACCGGAGCGCGAUUCCUCGGUGUGUUUUCCCACGAUUAAUCAGCGCCCGGUAUUAAUUUUUUAAAAGUCGCUUGGCUGAAAACGGUGAAAACACAACCCUGAGCCCUGCACAGAGAUAUGAGCGGCAGCGGGCGGCCCAGGACCAGCUCGUUUGCUGAGCCGCCAGGUGUUCCAGGAGCCGCUGCUGCGUCCACCGGAUCAGCCGCUGCCGUGGGGAGCAGCACAGGAAAGUCCGGGGUCCCGCAGGCCUCCGGCAGCAGCUCGUCAGGAUGCUCGAACCUUAAGCUAGCUAGAGACAGCGGGAAGGUGACGACGGUCGUGGCCACGCCGGGUCAGGGACCGGACCGCCCUCAAGAAGUGUCCUACACAGACAUCAAAGUCAUUGGCAAUGGGUCGUUCGGUGUGGUGUACCAGGCUCGCCUCAUCGACAGCCAAGAGAUGGUGGCCAUCAAGAAGGUUCUGCAGGAUAAAAGGUUCAAGAAUCGGGAACUACAGAUCAUGAGGAAGCUGGAUCACUGCAACAUUGUCCGACUACGCUAUUUCUUCUACUCAAGUGGAGAGAAGAAAGAUGAAGUGUACCUGAACCUGGUGCUGGACUUCGUCCCUGAGACGGUCUACAGGGUUGCCAGACAUUUUAACAAGGCCAAGAGCAUCAUUCCUAUCAUAUAUGUGAAGGUGUACAUGUACCAGUUGUUCCGCAGUCUGGCUUACAUCCAUUCCCAGGGCGUGUGUCACAGAGACAUCAAACCUCAGAACCUGCUCGUCGACCCGGAAUCUGCCAUCCUGAAGCUGUGCGACUUCGGCAGCGCCAAGCAGCUGGUCCGCGGUGAACCCAACGUCUCGUAUAUCUGCUCGCGGUACUAUCGCGCUCCUGAGCUCAUCUUCGGUGCCACAGACUACACAGCAAACAUCGACAUCUGGUCAGCCGGCUGCGUCCUGGCGGAGCUGCUGCUCGGACAGCCCAUCUUCCCCGGAGACAGUGGCGUGGACCAACUGGUGGAGAUUAUCAAGGUGUUAGGAACGCCGACGAGGGAACAGAUUCGCGAGAUGAAUCCAAACUACACAGAAUUCAAGUUCCCACAAAUCAAAGCGCAUCCUUGGACCAAGGUGUUUAAGCCCCGCACGCCUCCGGAGGCCAUCGCUCUCUGCUCUCGGCUGCUGGAGUACACGCCGGCCUCACGCCUCUCGCCUCUAGAGGCCUGCUCACACGCCUUCUUCGACGAGCUGCGCCAGCCCAACACGCGGCUGCCCAGCGGCCGCGAUCUACCCAUGCUCUUCAACUUCAGCACCACAGAGCUGUCAAUCCAACCUCAGCUGAACUCGACUCUCAUUCCUCCUCACGCCCGCUCGCAUUCAGCUGCUUCUGCCCACGAUGGUCCCGGUUCAGACUCAUCUCAGCACAGUUCAGUACCUGGAUCUCUCAACAGCAUCUGAAGCAGCUUCUCACCCGUCUGCCUGCAAGCCUCCAGCUCCUCUCACAAACGCACACACACAUGCACAUACACACACACACACACUCCACAGCUUUCCUCCAUGCUGCUUGUUCUUCUCUUUGAUGCUCCUUUUUUUUUUUCCCUCAUAUUUUUUGUACAUUAAGCUGCAUCGAACAAACCGUUAGCUCUUUAGCCGCCGCAGUGGAAACUACAGCAGGAGAUUGUUACACACACACACACACACACACACAUACACACCCACACACUCACACAGUCGUUCUGCUGCUGCUCAGGUGGUUUGAGAAGGUUCAUUAGUGGGGGCUGGUCCUCUGUAAUAUAACCUUUUUUUUUUUAAUCAACCCUUUUAUUUUCUCUCUCUUCUUUUUUUGCUUCAUUACAUUUGUGUUUAUUUAUUUGACUUGUUGAAAUCACCAUGUGGUCACACAAUAUUUUUUGGUCUCUAGAGUUUUUUCCUCUUCCGAAUACGUUUUUUUACUCCUCAGUGUUUUUAAAUUCCCCGUUAAUAAGGGGCCGACUGCACACUGCCUGACCAAGCCUAAAGCUGAGCCCGUGGAGGUCAACACAGUAAUAAAGGAGUUUUACUUAACUCAGGUUUAGGAGUUGCAGAUUCAGACGCUUACGGUUCAAAUCAAACUUCUGUCUCUUUAGUGGCAAAUGGACGUUGGAAAAUGAUAUUUAGUAGCUGAUAUCAUUGGCAUUUGAAAACAAUAAAACACCAGGAAAAAGCCUGAUGACCGCCGUUUCCAGUCUCAAAGGUGUUCCUGCUAAAAGCUCGUCUUUGCUUGUAAAUAAACAGAAGGAUCUUCAUUUUCCUUUUGGUGUAUUUACAUUGCAGUCACCGUAAAAUGAGACUGAGGGGAGUAUUGUUGCUCCAUUAAUUUGAGGUUUGAGGUGACAGAAAACGAACGUCAAGAUUUCGUCAAGAUUUCAACAUUCAAUUGUUUUUUUGUCAUCGCAAAAUAAAGUCUCAAAAGUAAUUAGAGAAAAUAAGAAUUUCCUGCUGUGUUUUGUCUGUAAUGGACACCAUGUUAUAUUGAAGUCAUGCCUCUCUUGUACACUGGGAGGCAGCGCUGAGUCGGGUCUGUUUUGUCUGGUUUUCAGAGUUCAGCAGCGAUCCAGAUGGGAGUCCAGAGGGACUCCACUGUGUAGUAUGAAGGAGCUUCAGCCGCUGUAGACUUCCGAGUUACUUCAGCUGCUUCUUUAAAAUACUCAGUACACCACCUGGUGGUGCAAAUUUGAACUGCAAGUCUAAACGGUUCUGGUCCGAAUUAGAAAACUAGCUGAAUUGUGGUAGAAAUAAAGCAACAUAUCACAAAAUUGUAUUUGAGAUGACAUAGUGCGUGUUGUUUUGUCUCAAUCAGCUGAUUAUUAAAGGUUGUAAUGAUUUGUAUAAUGUGACCCUGCUGCCAUCUCCAUCUACCAGCUGAAGCUCGAAGUGGGUUUUCUUCUCCACGUCAGGUGAAGCUGAAUCUGAACGAGGACUAAAAAGCUCUUUGGUCGGCUUUUCAUAGUGAUUUAGUAUUUCUCUUUGGGGCUGAAGUUGUGAGACAUCCAGAGGAAACUUGUGCUUUCUUUCCAUCACCUCAUGUGUGUUUGUAACUCUAAAUGUCAGUGGUGAGGUCUAGAAAAUUAAUUAGGCUUUUUGUGAUAGAGGAAACAGAUUAAACGUGCUUCUAGAUGGCUGGACUGUGGUGUUGCUGCUCAGUGAUCAGUGGCUUCAUGUUACCAUCCUACCUGCUGGUUCGUCGUGUUCACCAAGGCGAGAUCAAGUCCGAAAAAACUGGCAGAAAGCAGUCGGUCUGAAGCUGUGUUCACACUCCCCGAUCUGAACCACACUCCAGAGUUCACACUCUAAUCACACGUCGACCCGCUAGAAGAACCAUUCAAAACCCACGACAUCAGUUCAGUCAUUUCAAAAGAAGGUUUUACAAUUCACCUUCCAGCUCGUCACAUUGUGAGCGUUUGAAAACAUAAAGUCGGAGACCAAACAGCUGCUCGGACGCUGUGUAACGUGUUCAUUUUAAAGUGUUACUUAAAAUGCAGAGGUGCAUUUUUUUGCUGCAGUUGUUUGCUGAAUAAUGUCCCCCCUCGUUUUGUGUCAGCCCUUCAGAAUCUAAAUACUUAACACACACUUUUUCCAGAUCUCUUUGAAUUCGUGAAGUGUAAAAUAGAACAUGUGACAGCCAUAACUACAAUCAGGUAUCUUCCUCUGUGCGUGCCGUUUUCAGCAGUCGUGCAGAAUUCAGCAUUGCGGCUUCCGUGAGUCCAACCAGCGCGUUCGAUCACUUCACACAGGCCUCGUGUGGCUUUGACACAAAUUCACUCACUCCUCUUUCUUUUUAACACAAAGGAGCUGAAAUGUGCAAAAGUGUUAAAGUAGGAAAAAGCAAGAUCCACAUCCUGUAACCCAAAUGAAAAAUAAACAAACUCAAACACAUCAUCAUGUUAGAUCUCCUGCCGUCCAGCCGAGGUCGAGGUCGACCCGGAUCAGCAAUGCAGACUGACCCCUGACCUCUGACCCCGUCGGCUCUUCUCUCCACUGUGAACACGUUUCCUUCUCCAAUCACACGCUUCCUGAAAUCAAACGUCCAUCCACUUGAAUCCCCCUGAAAGUCGGAAAAACUUCAUCAUGAAAUGUUUAAUUGGAGGUUUUUUCAAGUGCUGCUGAUUUGUUUUUGUUGUAUUAAAGGACACGAAAAUCGGCUGAGGGGAAAAGAUUCAGUUCUAUUUGAAUUUCUACCAAAAAUUCACAUUUGCUGCCCAUUUUUCAUGUCGAGCUUCCAAAAUCUGUAACCCGUAGAAAAUGAUGUGAUCAGUCUUAUAGGAUGUUGUUGAUGCAGAAAAAAAAUGUUUGAAAUUUAGGGUAUUGUGGGUGUUUGUUUUUUUUUUUAAUGGCUGAAUUAAGUCAUUUUAAAGAUUUAACAAAUGUCAGAACUUCUAAACACAAUAAGUUCCACUGCUUCCCCUUCACACCUUUUUAAAAUGUUCUUGUUGACACAUAUUCACGUCCAGAACACGAGGCUGGGUUUGUGUGGUUUUGUUUUAAAGAGCUCUUUUCCUAGUUCUCAUGCAGAUGUUGAAGGAUUAGAAGCAAACUGCUGCCCUGAUGUUCAUGUAGAGAAGCUGAGUGAAUGUUUGUCCCCGAGCCCAUCAAACUCAGCAGGAGACGGAGGACUUCAUGUGCGUUUAUUUAUUUGUAGAGCAAGGGGGAGGUGAAAUGAUGGUGGUGCGUGUGUGUGUGCGCGCGUGUGUGCAUGUGCGUGUGUUCCCACCCUGCAGUGUUUUAGGGUUAGUGCCGCCAACAAUAGAGAUUUCUCGUGCAGACCACUUGAAAGUUUGUAGUAUAUUUGAUACUCUGGUGCCCUGCCUCCCUCCGCCUGCUGUUUCUCCCUGCAGCCAUGUUUUCUUUGAUCUCUUUUCUUUCCUCCAAAGCGCGUUCUGAUGCUGUUUUCCACUCCUCUCCACAUUCAAUGGUUUUAUAUGAGCAGAGCGCUUUUCACUCGCUCUUCCUUUCCCGGGUUCCCUCUCAGUCUGCCGGUGUUAUGCAGAGUUCUGCAUGGCUGCUAAAGAGUGUACUCCCCCAGAAAGGCCUGCAGGUGGGGAAAAACUGGACUUUAAUGGCUGAUGAACCCAAAAUGAUCUGAAUUUAGAUGUGGGAAAAAAAACGUGUUUUUCCACAUAAUUGCAUUUAUUGAAAUCAUAUUUUCUGACGUGGCUACAGUGUCAGACGGAAGACGGAAUGUGCUCAAAUGAUCUUCUUCCUGGAUUGACCGUUUUUGGGAGAUGUUCUCAGGUGCUGCAGAAGCAUGAUGCCUUCAAGAACCCAGUUCUGUGGACCCGUACCGAUGUUAGCACGGUAUUAAAAGCUGAUGGAAAUCUGCAUAGAUCUAUCCUGGUCCCCUCUAUGAAUCGUUUGGAUUUCGGAAAAAUACAGGAAUGCAUCUUUUGGCAGGUGUUUGGAGUUGCAUCCACUGCAGACACCUGCCAAAUAAUGCCCCUCCUCAUUCAGUAAUUUCUGAAGUUAACUAAAAAUCAUUAUAUGCUUUUUUUUUUUUUUUUUUAAACAAAUAUGUAAAAUAAUCCCUCUGAGUUCAUCGGUACACGACGUCCAUCAGUAGUGUAUUUCCUGCACCUGCUACCAUGAGGGGGACAAUGUUCAGCAGUCAUACAGAAUUCAGCGUAACACCGGCAGUGUGGCGUCCAGGCAGCGUGUUCGAUUCCCGCGCGGGUGGCGUGGCUUCACCGCCAUUCACACUCAGAGCUGUCAGACUGUCUGCGGCCAUGAAAAAGUGUGAACUCGUCUGAACGGGAAGCCUCAAACAUGGCUGACUGGAUGUUUCUCCUCCCCUGAAGUUUGAAUAAGCCAUUUAUUUCCUCUCCCUUUCUCUGAUCGCACGUGUAAAUAUCACUGAUUUUUAUUUUUCCUCUUUUUACUUUUUAUUACAGAGUUGUUUAUAUCUGAUUUCCCUCAUCUUGUCGAUGGAGCCGUCUUAGUUUGUGCAUUUUUGUAAAUAAGUUUCUUUUUUUCACGAUCCAAAAUGUAAAUACUGCAAAAGAGAAAAGAAGAA